AGGUAACCAGACAAGAUGAUCUAGCUGGAGAAAAUUGUUUACAAUGGCGGCGUCAAGCAGCAGGCAUAAGGAAGAUGCUGUUGCAAAGCCAUUUUGUUUUGAUGUCAUUCUCAAUCCAUUUCUUAUCCACGCAAAUGGUCCUGAAGAAAAACUUAAAAACCAAGAGGCAGUGUACGAGUUUUUAAAAGACAUAACUACUCUGAAUACAUUGUUUGAAGCAAAACUAAAUGCGACAGUGGUGGAAGUAACUCCAGAACUAACACUAACACUGUCUGUAUCUUCUUUUGAACAGUUUUAUGAAAUAAAGCAAGCUAUUGACACUGGUGGUCUGGAAAAACUAUUUUUGCAAUAUGUUGUCCAUGGUUUAGAACUUGAUAUGCUUGAAAUAAGACUGGCUGAAAAAGAUGUAGCGAUGAAUGCCGAAACUCAUUUUGGAACACCAUCAGUGUAAGUA